AUGGGAGCGAUCGAAGAGAUACAUAGUCGAGUUGAGGGGGGAAUGCAUGAAGCAGGACCAGCGGAAGGAGCGGAAGGAGCGGAAGGAAGGGAAGCAGCCGAAGGGGAGGUGGGAGGCGAAGCGGCGGAAAGACGAGGAGAAGAAGCUUCGAUGACAGUGGUAAGGGAAGGGGAGGAAAGAGGCGAAGGGGAGGGGGCGGAAGGAGCAAGAGAGAGGACGGAUGCAGCAACAGGGGGGACGGCGUUGGAUGCGGCAGGAAACGCGGAGGGGAUGGAGGGAGCGGGAGAGACGCCUGCGGUUGCGGACUGGCCGCUGCUGCAGUUCUCGCAGCCCGCUCCCGCCUGUCGCGCGCUGAUCUGGCAGUGCUUCCGCGCUGACGCGGACGCUGACGUGGCAGCCGACGUGGCGGCUGACGUGGCAGCCGGAAGAAGCGGAGGGCGGGGGUGCGUGGAGGGGAGUGCAGCGGGCAGGAAGCGGAAGGCUGGGUGUGAGCGUGUGGUGCAGAGCCGACGACAAGUGGACCCUUCUGGGAACUUUCUCAAGGGCGUGAAGUGGUCGCCAGAUGGCACGUGUCUAUUGGCUUCCAGCGAGGAUUGCUGCCUGCGCCUCUUUGACCUCCCUGCUGACAUCAUGCUGGCGUCAUCUGCCCCCUUUGACAUGAACGAUGAGGCCACACUGCCCCACCGAGCCGCCAUCGCUCCUCCCCCCUUUCUCUCCCCCGUCAGAUUCGCUGGCACCGGCAGUGAUGACCCGGUGUCAUGUGUGUUUGCAUCAACAUCAAGGGACCACCCCGUGCACCUGUGGGAUGCCAUGACUGGCCAGGUGUGCUCUCAGGUGGUUGGCCAGGUGUGCUCUCAGGUCAGGUGGUCCGCCAGGGCUGUUCAGGUGUUAUACCAGGUCUUAGGUGAGGUGGUAAGCCAGGUGAUGGACGAGACGAGAUAUUGCUGCUGCCCGCUCUACAGCUUCCAUUUCCUCCUCCAAUCAUGCCCCACUCCCAUAUCUCAUCCAGCUGCGCUGCGCUGCACGUACCGCGCACAUGACCACAUGGACGGAAUCGCCAUGCAUGUGUGCACAUUGUAUUGCUACUGCGUUGAAUGUACCGAAAUGCAAUCCUCCCCACCCUCCCGCACCAUACCACACCAGCUGCGCUGCACGUACCGAGCAUAUGACCACCUGGACGAGAUCGCUGCUGCCCUCUCCCUCACCUUCUCUUCUCAAGGAGACAACUGCCCCACUCCCUGCUCUUCCUGCCCUGUCCCUGGCCUGCCCCACCAUGCCUCCCUCCCCUCCCCUUUCCUGUCCCCCACCCAGGCUCAUCCUGGGCUUCCCACGCUGCUCAUCCUGGGCUUCCCACGCUGUCUCAGAGUGUUUGACACGAGCAUACCGGGGCGCGACUGCCAGCAGCACAGCACGGGCGCCAAGGGACGCGGCCAGACAGGCCUGCUCUCCGUUUUGGCCACCAGCCUGUUCAUGCCAGGCCUUCUAGCCAUGGGGUUGUAUGAUGGCAGUGUGGGGCUGUGCGAUGGCAGUGUGGGGCUGUGCGAUGGCAGUGUGGGGCUGUGCGAUGGCAGUGUGGGGCUGUGCGAUGGCAGUGUGGGGCUGUACGGUCUGCUGUCCUGCCUAGCCACCAACCCGUUCAUGCCAGGCCUGCUAGCUGCGGGGUCGUAUGAUGGCAGUGUGGGGCUGUACGGGGAUCUGGGCAGGGAGGCGAUUGCAGUGAUGCACGGGCACACAGGGGGAGUCACGCAGGUGCUCUUCUCUCGAGAUGGCAACUUCCUCUACUCGGGUGCACGCAAGGAUCCAGCCAUCCACUGCUGGGACGUGCGCAACACAUCAGGCAUUGUCUACAGGACGGUCAGGUGUGGGUGUUUGACCUUGCUUCAGGCUCCAAGAUCGCAGCGUUCGAAGCCGCUCAAG